GAUACGAGUCGGGUAGUUGGCUUCUGUAAAGACUUCUUGACUCUUAUUGAAUAUGAAAUAUUCAAUAAAUUUUGAAUACAAAAAAAUGGUCUUAUUAGCUACUUAGUUAGCUACUCUUUAUUAUAGGGUUAGGGUUAGACAAACAACAAACAUCAACAGCGUCUUCCUCCAACCAAAUCAACCAUCAAUCCGACAUCAGGACAGGAUGUCAACAUUUAGCUUCAGGAGAAGUGGAAAGAAAGCCUUUAGGCACAUAGCUCACGGCUUGAUCCCUGCAGCCACCAUCGCCCCCCGGCCUGCUGUACCCCGUACCCCUCCCCCUCGCAGCCCGUACCCCUCUCCAGAAAGACCCAGGUCUGCCUUGGCAGCCGCCAUCUUGUCGUCGUCGUUGACCGGCCGGACCAUCGCCCUCCCUCCUGCACGCCCCAGAUCCUUCUCCGAGAGUGACUGCUCACGCUCAGAGACACACACCACGUUCGAGCCUUACGCCAGCACAGCGCUCUACACUAGAGACGGAGAGCCAGAAUCUUUGGCUGGCCGGCCUCGCUUGCCCUCUCCUGGGCUCUCUGAAGACCAUGAUGAUGAAGAGGAGGAGGAGGACUUAGAGAGUUCGGUUCUAUCAGAUGAAGAUGGUCAUGUCUACCAGUCUCUGGAUCGCCGGGGGAGAAGUCAGACCAGAGACGGAUAUGACAUCUACGCCCGGCCUGUAAAACAGAGUGAUGUUCUGUCAGAGGGCAGAGAGGAGACUGAUGACUCUGCCUUCGACAUAGUGUCCCCUCUACCCCCAGAGGAAGCUGAGGUUCAUCAGAUGUUUCCAACACCAGUUCAGAAGGCCACACCGUCCAAACUGGAGCAGAGGCCUUCGUCUUGGUCUCGUAGAAGCAUGCCUUCCCCAGAUCUGACAGAAGAAAGCUUCUGUGCAUCUAAGAAGAGGUCUUCAGCCCAGCAGACCAAGAGUUCAGGAAGCAGGAGAGAUGGACCAUCAGAGGCCAGCAGUGCCUACAGAGAGGUUCUGGACAUGCAGAAGGAGAUGGUUCGGUCUUUAACAGAGCAGAACCAGGCCCUGGGGGCAGACAGGAGGGUGCUGGAGCAGAGGUGUACAGAACAGAGCCUGCAGCUGCAGAGGAGCCACCAGAGGGUCCAGAGUCUGGAGCGGGAACUCAGCAAGGCCCCUGUCCCUACAGCAGGUGAACAGGCAGAGCUGCUGAGUCUGAGGCAGCAAGCCCAGGAGGUGGUAGACGAGAACGACAUCCUGAAGAUGACCGUCCAUCGCCUCAAUGUGGAGCUCAGCCGCUACCAGACACGCUUCAGACCCCUGAGCAAAGAAGAGAGCUCCAGGACCCAUGGCCUGCCACUUAAAGGAUCUGCUCCUCCCUGGCUGCUGGACAUGAAGUAUUUAUCUCCAUUGUUGUUGUCUUAUGAAGACCGGCUCACUGAGAAAGAUACUCUCCUGCAGGCCUCGGAGGUAAGUGUGUGUGUGUGUGUGUGUGUGUGUGUGUGUGUGUGUGUGUGUGCGUGUUUCUUUGCGUGUUUU